CGCCUCUAAUCCAGAAUCUAGCAUUUAUACAGCAGAUCAUAGAGAGACUUGCAGUUAUAUACCUAUUCUGCCCAGCCGACAUUACUAUGUAUGAACAAUAAUUGGAAACUAGCAGACCCUCGCAAGAUCCGCGAAGGGAAAUGGAACGAACCAAUAGCAUCGAAGUGCAUGCUAGGCGGAGCAUGUGGGGAUCGAUUUUAAUACACCACUGCGACUCGGAUUGGCGAUAGCUUCAUGACGAUAUCAAAAAACAUUUUAACCUUAAGGUUAUCAGACUUGAUGUACACACAUCCGCAUAAAUCUGAGAGCAAGUAAAAUUUCAACUGUAAAUAAGGAUAUAAGUACUAAGAAGUGUUCAUAGCCGAUUGAUCACAAUUUGCAGUCGCAAUAGAUUUUCUUAAGUGUGCCAUCGCGAUGGCUGCACCCGCAGCCUGUACGCGUUUCUCCGACAAUUAUGACAUUAAAGAAGAGCUGGGAAAAGGGGCAUUCUCUAUUGUUAAAAGAUGUGUCCAAAAAUCAACCGGAUUUGAGUUUGCAGCAAAAAUUAUAAAUACUAAAAAAUUGACAGCAAGAGACUUCCAAAAACUAGAACGGGAGGCAAGGAUAUGCAGAAAAUUACACCAUCCCAACAUCGUGCGUUUGCAUGACAGUAUUCAAGAAGAGAACUAUCACUACCUUGUUUUUGAUCUCGUAACUGGUGGUGAACUUUUCGAAGAUAUUGUCGCACGUGAGUUUUAUUCAGAGGCGGAUGCAUCGCAUUGUAUUCAACAAAUAUUGGAAUCAGUCAAUCACUGCCAUCAAAAUGGUGUGGUGCACCGAGAUCUCAAACCAGAGAAUUUACUAUUAGCAAGUAAGGCAAAGGGUGCAGCUGUUAAACUAGCUGACUUUGGCCUUGCCAUUGAAGUUCAAGGCGAUCAUCAAGCAUGGUUUGGAUUUGCUGGCACACCCGGCUAUCUCUCACCAGAGGUUUUGAAAAAGGAGCCCUAUGGAAAAUCGGUAGAUAUAUGGGCAUGUGGAGUUAUUCUCUACAUACUUUUGGUUGGUUAUCCACCAUUCUGGGAUGAAGAUCAACAUAGAUUGUACUCACAGAUAAAAGCAGGAGCUUAUGACUAUCCCUCACCAGAAUGGGAUACAGUCACGCCGGAAGCUAAAAAUCUUAUUAACCAAAUGUUAACUGUAAAUCCAAACAAGAGAAUAACUGCUGCCGAGGCUUUGAAGCAUCCAUGGAUUUGUCAAAGAGAACGUGUUGCGUCUGUUGUACAUCGUCAAGAAACUGUAGACUGUCUUAAAAAGUUCAAUGCACGGCGCAAACUUAAGGGAGCCAUACUUACAACGAUGCUAGCUACCAGAAAUUUUUCAAGUAGAAGCAUGAUCACCAAAAAAGGUGACGGGUCUCAAGUCAAAGAGUCUACCGACUCUUCUAGCACAACUCUGGAAGAUGAUGACGUAAAGGAAGAUAAAAAAGCAAUCGUGGAUCGAAGUACCACAGUCAUAUCUAAAGAGCCAGAAGAUAUAAGGAUACUGUUUCCUGCAAAAACAUGCCGACAAAUUUCAGGAAGCUCUCAGUGCUCGUCAGCAGCUAGACGUCAAGAAAUCAUAAAAAUAACGGAACAGUUGAUAGAAGCUAUAAACAGCGGCGAUUUUGAUGGAUACACAAAAAUUUGUGACCCACAUCUAACUGCUUUUGAACCAGAAGCUUUGGGGAAUCUUGUGGAGGGAAUUGAUUUUCACAAAUUCUAUUUCGAAAAUGUUCUUGGUAAGAAUUGCAAGGCAAUUAAUACAACUAUAUUAAAUCCUCAUGUGCACUUAUUGGGCGAAGAAGCUGCUUGCAUUGCAUAUGUAAGACUCACGCAAUAUAUUGACAAACAAGGACAUGCACAUACUCAUCAAUCGGAGGAAACACGUGUCUGGCACAAACGAGAUAAUAAGUGGCAGAACGUUCAUUUUCAUCGAAGCGCAUCGGCGAAAAUAAGUGGUGCUACUACAUUCGAUUUUAUUCCCCAAAAAUAGGUGUUAUUCUCCAUCGUUGAGAAAAUAAAUUUUUAAGUCAAAAUAUAUUAUUCUAAUAAUCUGAUUCCUUUUUUUUAUAUUUUAAAUUCACAUUUAUAAUCUGUUACACGCCCUAAAAUAAAAUUUAAAGCAUAUAUCGAAUUACUGAAAUACCAAA